AGCGAGAGAGCUCGCGAAUUAUCGCAGAUUAUUUCUCACGGUUAAUAGCUGCGACAGUGUGUGUGGAUUACAAUUGUCGAUUGUCACACUUGAGUGAAUCUUGGUAGCAAUCAGUUUCAGUCUCUAGUUUUCCGUUGUUUUCUACUAUCGGAUUGUGUCUUUUCUAUGGACUGUUGCACAUAAUUGUCGUUUGUCGAUGAUAAUUUAGGGGUGUUUACAUAAAAAGAAUAGUGAUUUAGUGUGAAAAGAUAAACCAUGUCUUGUAAUGAUGAAUAGAUCAUAAACAGUUUUUGUUCGAUGCAGCUUUAUGCCUACAAUCUGUAACGGUAGGGAGAUUGCUUGUGCAAGAAUAAAAAAUUGCGUGCACCAUUGAAUGUGUAAGCAUAUUACAUUGUCUGUAUAGAAGUGCAUUCAGGUGGCUCGAGACGAGAGCCCACGAGAGAGUGCACAUUGGGUAACAAUACAACGUGCGUGUUGAUGAGAGAGCAAAUUAGCAGAGAAGAGAAAAUUCACAUGUAAAACUAGUGAGUGGAUAUUUUUCUCGUUGGUCGUUGACAGGAGUAGUAGACAGCGCAAAAAAGCAAAUCUCGUGUGUUUUGCUAUGUGUGACCCAGCCUGCUUUGCUUUGGCGAGCAAGAAAUAUCGGUCUGUUUGAAGCGAUACGAUUCCGUGGGGUUUUUUGUGUGAUGUUUUUAUUUUGUGGAGUGUUGUUUCGUUGAUUUAUUGUCCGGACGGGUAAGAGUAAACGUAAGGAUUGAAGAUUCGAGUGCGUACUAAGUGAAUGAUCCGUGCAUAUUUGCAAUAAGUGGAAGUGUCAAAGUUCAGUGGUUUGUCGCCUACUCUACCAUUAGUGUGUCAAAGAGGUCUUGAAGCCCCGUCGUGUUAGGGAAAAGAAUUAUUGAUCCAGUGUCACCAGAAAAGGAGAGCCACGGAGAAGAUUGUCGUGUGAUUCGUGAAAAAGAGUGUGAAGCUCGUGUAUUCUCGUUCAACACCAGCCAGUCUGAGUCGCGGUGUGUGUUUUUGGAUUAUCGAUCCCGGCGUGUCCAGGAACGCUGCCAUAUGGAUUAGAGGAACACCCCACAUUCAAGUGGUUUUGAGUACAUAUAAAUGACGCGUUCCGCAAGCUGUCGUUGAAAUCGGCUCCCAAAUAGUUGGUUGGUGUCGCUCGCGAAAGAAGCACAUGCCCGGAAGCAAUGACCGAUGAAAGUCCUCCGCGUCGGUUGUCGCAAAUUUUCGAUCCACUAACGAGCCUCACCGACCUCGAACAGAUCCAGCAGCAAAUCCAGCAACACCAGCAGCACCUCCAGCAGCAAAACCACCUGAAAUAUGGCACCGGUCAUCUCCACCAGUCCGGCAGUUGCUACAAUUACAACACGGCCUCGUCGUCUACAUCGCUAUCGUCGGCCUCGAAUCAAAGCGCCAAGCUCAGCUCGAGCAGUUCGACCAGCAGCUACAUCGGUGGUCCUCCGCCGGGCCUCAAUCGCAUCGUAAUGGGAUCCCGCUCGACCCCAAACAGUCCGCGGAUGAUGGCCCGGCGGGGUGUUGCCGGAGGGGGAUCCGCUUCCAACAGCCGGCCGCCAAUGGUGCCUCCGCGAGGGGGACCCAGCCCGAACGCGGCCGUCAUAGCGAACCCUUCACUGGUUGCACUGGACUCCGAUGCGCCGUGGCCUCCGUUCGGCAGCCUCACCGACAGUCUGGACGUCCAUCAGGUCAACAACUACCACCAGGGGCUUCCGGAGAUUAAUUGGCAGGAGCGGUGUCUGGAGCUGCAGCUCGAGUUGCACCGCUCGCGGAACCAGGCAGGACGAGUUCGCGAUAUGCUGCGUGAAAAGCUCUCCGAGCUCGAGCAAAGGGUCAUCGAAGCCGAGGAACGGGCCGAUGAAGCUGAGGAUAAGGUCCGGGCCAUGGAGCAGCGACUGUGUGACUGGCCCAAGCCACAGAGCAUAACUGGGCCAGCCGGAAGCAGUAGCGGUGGAACGCAAGGUCAAAGCUCAAACGCCAAAGCCCCCAUCGAGAAGGUCAAAAUCACACAGCUCGAGUCGGCAGUCGAGGAGCAGAAACAGCUUAGGCUCCAGGACGCCCGCCAGGUCGGUGCCAAGGCGGCCAAAAUCAAGGAGUGGGUCACCAACAAAUUACGUGAGCUUGAGGAGCAAAACCAGCUCCUGAGGGAGCAGAACAUCAAGUGCAAUCAACAGUUAGAGUUGUUAAGGAACCACAUCGCAACCCAAAGCAGUAGACAUAGUAUACAGCAACCCGUUAGAUCUAGUUUAAGCUUAGACGUCCAGGACUACAAGCGGCGCAGCGGUCGCCGACGGAGCGAAUCCCUUGAUCCGCCGGAGCAUCGCUCUCUCCUGGCGUCAUCGUCCGUGCACCAUCACCGACGGAACCUUUCGAUGGAACCUCAGGAAUUAGCUAGAGACUUAGCGGCCGCCGUCGACGGCCUUAACCUUAUCCCCCUCGUCCCAGGUCAUCAGCCCAGUCCCAACUCCGAUGUGGACACUGCACAUGACUACGCGGAGAUCUACACGCCUUCGCGUGAGAGCCCCACCUGGUUGAAGGGUCUCCCAAGCAGGGGAUCCAGUACGACCACCUCGGACUCGGUGGCCGACUUGGGAACCCCGCGACCUCCAACGCCUCCACUUCAUCGAUUCCCCAGCUGGGAGGCGAAGAUCUACCAGGUGGCAAAUGAUGGCCUAGCAGGUGACGAAAACGAAUCUCAGGACCAGGAGUCCGGGUCCGGCAUGACGUCCAGCGUAGGGAUGAAUUCCCGCUCGCAAACCGUGUCCGGUGGAUACUGUGAUAUUAGUGUACCGGUUUACGCCACCGUUAAAGGGCGUGCCUCCCAGAUCCGAUCGAUGCCAUUUACCGGAGAUUCAAGCGACGACAGCAGUGACGGCGAGGAUCACGGUGCCAUUAUGACCUGUGCCACAUCCACUCAUAAUUCGCACAACUCAACCAGCACGGAUAACACCGAGACGAGCACCUCGGGCAGUGCGUCUAGUCCUUCGAAGAGUCUCAAAACCUCCUCUAGUCUGAGUCCCGCCAAACGUAGUGGGUCCGAAAGUCCAAAGAACAAAGCCCGAGGGCUGUCCGAUGACUACGCGAUACCACCGGAUGCGGUGUCUACGGUGGACACGACCUGCAUGGACGCGUCGAUGCCGUCGCUGCUGAUGAGAACCUCGUACGCUGAUUCGCCGAAAAAGAUGGAGACCUUGGAAAAGGUGGGCCAUCUGGCCAAGCUGGGCGGUAAGCUGAAAACGUGGCGCAAGCGAUGGUUCGUGCUGAAGAACGGUCAGCUGACGUACUGGAAGAGCCAGCACGACGUGAACCGGAAACCGCAGGGAACGAUCGCAUUGGACGAGGCGUGUCGGAUAAACAGAGCGGAGGGAGCGUCGACGUUUGAGAUUGACACGGGCAAGAAGGUGUACUACCUGACGGCCGAUUCGAACGCUACGAUGGACGACUGGAUACGGGUGCUGCAGAACGUGCAGAGGCGAAACGCUACGAAACUGUUGCUCAGUCGAGACGAUCAGAAGCCAACGGUACAGGGGUGGGUUACCAAGGUGAAGAAUGGACACGCAAAGAAGUGUUGGUGCGUGCUGUUGGGGAAGAUGUUCCUGUACUUUAAGGCACCGGGGGAGACAAAUCCACUCGGUCAGAUCAACAUGCGGGACGCUCGGGUUGAAGAAGUGGAGCACGUUUCCGAUUCGGAUUCGGAAGAACGUGAAGAUCAAGCGCAAAGUCAAGCAAGGCUCACCGUUGCUAUUUAUCCACAGCAACAAGGAGUGGGUCCGACGUAUCUAAUUCUUCCGGGAAAACAGGAGCGUGACAAUUGGCUGUACCACCUUACGGUUGUUUCGGGUGGUGGCCCAAAUGCCGGUACCCAGUACGAGCAGCUUAUUCAGAAAUUGAUGGAAACUGACGGCGACCCCAAUUGCGUCCUAUGGCGACACCCAAUUCUACUGCACACUAAGGACAACAUAACCUCACCACUGACUUCGUUACAUUCCGAAACGCUUCAAGCGGAAGCUAUCAAGCUUUUCAAGAGCUGCCAACUGUUCAUGUCGGUGGCGGUCAACCAGCCGGGUAUCGAUUACCACGUGGUCCUUGCCCAGAACGCGCUCCAGCAAUGCUUGGAUAUGCCCGAACUUCAGUCGGAGCUGAUUUGCACCCUGAUCAAACAAACGUCCCGCCAUACCGGCCAAAAACUGGGUGUAGGUGUCCAGCAAUUGCUGUUGUGUGCCACGCAGAGUUUGUUCACUUGCGAUACGCUACAAGGCAAUGCAUCUCAAGCGAAUGGGAGCUCACCAACUUCCAUUCAGGCACCAGCGGUUCCUCCGAUCGACUGCAAAUCUAAUCCGCCGGCCUACACGUUUAUCCAGGGAUGGCAGCUUCUAUCGCUUGCCGUGUCGCUAUUUGUGCCAAAGAACAAUCGCCUCCUGUGGUACCUCAAGCUGCACCUGUCACGCAACGCGGAUUCGAAAACCGAGUGCGGAAAAUACGCGGCCUACUGCGAGCGUGCGCUGGAGCGAACGAUGCAGAACGGAGGUCGCGAAACGAAACCCUCGCGGAUGGAGGUGCUGUCGAUCCUGCUGAAGAAUCCCUACCACCACUCGUUGCCGCAUGCCAUACCGGUGCACAUGAUGAACGGCACCUACCAGGUGGUUUCGUUCGAUGGGUCGUCCACGAUCGAGGAGUUCCAUGCGACGCUGGCGCAGGAGAUCGGCUGCCGCGAUGGGGCAAACGGGUUCACGCUGUUCAGCGACGAUCCGAUCGAGAAGGACCUGGAGCACUACCUGGAUCCGCAGGCUAAGCUUUGCGAUGUCAUCUCCAAGUGGGAAACAGCCCUCCGCGAGAAGGGAUCCGGAAAGUUCGAAAACUCGCGUGUCAUUCAGCUAACGUACAAGAACCGUCUAUAUUGGAAGCAUGCAGCCAAACUGGAAACCGAGAAGGAGCGACUCCUUCUCAGCUACCAGAUCAAUCAACAAGUUGUUCAAGGACGAUUCCCGUUGUCGCGGGAUUUGGCCUUAGAGUUAGCCUCACUGAUGGCUCAAAUCGAUAUGGGAGACUACGCUGCUGACAAGUCCAAAACGAGUUCCUUGCAAGCGUUGGACAAAUUUUAUCCAUAUCGAUACAGAGACGCGCUCACGUCAGAAGGUUUGAAAGAGCUUCAAGAAGUGGUUGCGGGCAAAUGGUCCCUGUUGAAGGGUCGUUCCGUUGUAGAUUGCGUCCGAAUAUACCUGACUUGCGCUCGGAAGUGGCCAUUCUUCGGCGCUGCUCUUUUCCAAGCCAAACCCCGACAUUCCGAUCAAGCGAUGGCAUGGCUGGCUGUCUCUGAGGACGCCCUCAGCGUUCUUGAACUCUCGUCUAUGGGAUCAAUCGCACGAUAUCCGUACAGCUCUGUGAUGACCUUCGGAGGUUGUCAAGAUGAUUUUAUGCUGGUAGUCAGUGCGGACGAUACUUUGGCCGGAAGCCCUGAGCAGAAGCUUCUAUUCGCCAUGAGUAAACCAAAGAUUCUGGAGAUUACACUCCUCAUAGCGGACUACAUGAAUGCCCUCGGUCAUACCCUUCCUGGAACGCCGCAGAUGAACACACUGACGAGGAACGGAAGCCAUCGAAGUAUUAGAUCCCGAGUCCACCCGGGUUCGUGCACGGGAACGCCGGCGCACAAUACGCUCAACUCGUCGCAUGCCAACACAACUCACGCCCACAACACGCUCACGUCCCACUCACAUACGCUCAAUUCGCACGUCAGCCACACGCUCAGUUCGCACGGCCAGCCGGACAUCCUCAAGAGCACACCGGAUCACCAGCGACGUUAGAAUGGUUGAGCAAGGGGAACGCAGCAUAAAUACGCACAACAUAUGCCGUCACGUCGCAAUCAUUCAGAAAACAGAAAUAUUCACACUCACAAUCGUUCAGGUUAGACACCGAAGCAAGUUAGAGGAUUUUGACCAGUGUAAUUCGAUUUACACAAGGCGUACGCGAUCGCUUGCUGCGAUUGAGAAUUUGGUUAUCCCCAACGUUGCCAUGGUAACGAGUAUGCAAGUUGAUAUUAUUUUUGUAUAGAAUUGAUUUACCAUAUUUUAGGCAUUUAUUUUCCAAUAUUUUUUUACCAAAAUAACACUUUUCUAACAAACGGAUCUAGUAUACAUUUAGGCAACUAAGGAAAUACAUUUGUAAUAUUUUACGAAAAGUUUUGAGUUUUUGUUUGAUUUUUUUGUUUCCAUUAAUAACAUAUCUAAUUUAAUGUAAAUAAUUCUCAUAACAACUAAGUGAACACUAAGUCAAAACUCCCGUACUCCAGUG